UAUGGUUAAAAAAGAGGUUAUUAUCAAAUAUAGUAUUAUUAAUUAUUAAAUAAGAUAACACAACAACCUUGACUGGUAGAUUAUAGGAAGAAUAUUCGUUGUGUUUCUUCUUUGAAUGUUAGUUGGAAGAAGAAAAGAAAAGCCGAAAGUAUAUAUCUUUCCGUUUAUAUUUUUCAUGCAUGCAUGCAUGAAUAGAUGAAUAGACAAAAAGGAAUAAAGAAGGACAAAUUAAAUCAGAGGGAUAUCGGAAUUUCUAUUGAACGAAGAUAAGAAGGAUAUUACCAAAAAAAGAUAAAGAAGGACCAAUUAAGCUAGACGGAUAUCGGAAUUUCUUCUUGAACUGAGACAAAGAAAGACAAAUUAAGUCAGAGGUAUCGAAAUUUCUUUGCGAACAAAGAUAAAGAAGGAUAAAUUGAGCUAGAAGAUCGAAUUUUCUUUUUGAACAAAGAUAAAGAAGGAUAAAUUGAGCCAGAGGUAUCGGCAUUUCUUUAUGAACAAAGAAAAAGAAGGAUAAAUUAAGCCAGAGCGAUAUCAGAAUUUCUGCGCGAAUAAAGAUAAAGAAGAACAAAUUAAGCCAGAGGGAUAUCGAAAUUUCUGUUGAACAAAGACAAGAAGGACAGAUUAAGCCAGAAGAAUCGAAAUUUCUUCUUUGUAAACAAAGAAAAAACAUGAUAAUGGGAUCUUCAAGUAGAAAAAGGGAAAUUAUUGAAGAUUUUGCAAUAAUAGGAGGAUUAGUAGGGGUACAAUUCAUGUAUGCAGGAAAUUCAGUGGUUUCUAGUUAUCUUAUGUUGUUAGGCUUCAAGCCUUCUUCUCUCAUAAUCUUGUCUUCAUUGGCUACAUUUCUAAUUCUUUGUCCCUUUUGCGUCAUGUUUGAAAGGAGUCAAUGGCCCAGGCAAAUGAGUAUAAAGUUAUUGAUUCAACUAUUUCUAAUUUCUUUUGGAGGGGUCACAUUAUUCCAAUCUUUGUUCAUGGAGGGUAUCAAAUUUACCUCACCAGCAAUGGCAACAGCUAUGCCAAAUCUCGCACCAGGAUUCAUCUUUCUCAUUGCUUGGGGUUUUGGAUUAGAGAAAGUGGAGCUAAGAUGCAAAUACAGCAGAGCUAAAUUUGCUGGAACAUUAAUGUGUGUUACAGGGGCUAUACUUAUGAGCCUAAUGCAAAAAAGCACAAAUGCUCAAAGAGAUUUGCCAUCUUCACCUCCUCAUGACAAAGACAACUUUUUUGACACAGAAAAGAUCAAAGGUUCAUUAUACCUCAUGGCAGCAAUUAUCGUGUUAUCGAGCAAUAUUGUCUUGCAGGCAGCAACACUAGGAGAUUUUCCAGCACCAAUCUCUUUAUGUGCUAUAACUUCACUUAUAGGCAUGGUAUUGACUGGAAUGGUACAAUUGGUACAACAAGGCUCCGUGGAGAUUGGAUUGCCCCUCAUAAGAAUCCCCGACAUAAUUGGCUACUCGUUAUUGGCAGGUAUAGUUAGUGGAGCAUGUGUAAGUUUCAAUAAUUGGGCAAUGAAGAAAAGAGGACCAGUAUUGGUAUCUGUAUUUAGCCCUGUUGGAACUCUGUUAACUGUGGUUCUUUCUGCUGUCACAUUGAAGGACAGAUUUACAAUUGGAAGCCUAGGUGGUAUGUUUCUGAUGUUUACGGGACUAUAUUUCGUGCUCUGGGCGAAAAAGAGUGAAGGAUUUCUAAAUAAUAAUAUGACUAAUUCUUCAUCAGAAAGUGAGUUCGAUGUAGAGAAGCCUCUUUUAAAUUAAAUUUCUUCGUAUUUCUCCUUGUAUUAUACAGAUUAGUUUGUGUAAAUAUAAUUAGAAAGAGCGAGCCAGCGAGCUUAAUUGUACUUACUACAGAUAGAUAAUGUAUAGAAAGUUUUGAAGUUUGAAAUAUACUUAAAGUUCAAAUCCUAGUAAUGUCUUUUAUUUUUGCAGUAGCAUGACGGAAAAUAGCUGACCCCAACUUGUAUGGGAUUGACGCGUAGUUGUUGGGAAUCAACUUGAUAUUGCUGUAUCUCUGGCACUUUUAGUGCCUGUUAUUCACCAUAUACUUUUGUUUUAAUUUUAAUUUCAUUCACUUUUAUGGCAGCUCAUAAGGGUAGAUU